AUGUCAACAGACACUUGCUACACAAUAAUACACCAGGAUGACAGUGCCGACCAACCCUCUCUCCAAGAUUUGAAGUCCGCCCUAGAAAAAGGCUCGGAGGAAGUAAAAAUCGAGACAAUGAAAAAAAUUUUAGUCACAAUGCUCAAUGGGGAUCAACUCCCGCAGCUGUUAAUGCAGGUUAUUCGAUUUGUCAUGCCAUCGAAAAAUAAGACAUUGAAAAAGUUGUUGCAUUUUUAUUGGGAGAUUUGUCCGAAAACUAAUCCGGAUGGAAAGUUGAAGCAGGAAAUGAUUUUGGUGUGUAACGCAUUGCGAAACGACUUGCAACAUCCAAAUGAGUAUAUACGAGGUGCAACUCUCCGAUUUUUAUGCAAGUUACGAGAGCCAGAACUACUAGAACCAUUAUUGCCGUCUUGUAGAUCUUGUUUGGAACAUCGCCACUCUUAUGUACGAAAAAACGCGGUAUUCGCCAUAUACACAAUAUACAAACACUUUGAGUACUUGAUCCCCGAUGCGCCAGAGUUAAUUCAGACUUUUCUGGUUGCGGAAGCAGAUCAGACAAGCAAACGAAACGCGUUUGUCAUGUUAUGCAAUACAAGUCAGUCUCGCGCUGUAGAGUAUCUCAAUGAAGUGUUUGAUCAAGUGCCGAAUUUUGAUGAGUUGCUGCAGCUGGCGGUAAUUGAGUUGAUUAGAAAGGAUUGUCGAAAUAACAGUACUAACCGGGGGAGAUAUAUUAAAUGUAUAUUUGAGUUAUUGAAUGCCGCUUCACAUUCUGUGAAGUAUGAAGCUGCCACAUCUUUAAUGGCUUUAACACACGCUCCUGCUGCUGUAAAAGCUGCGGCCGCAUGUUAUAUCGAACUUAUUAUCAAAGAAUCAGACAACAAUAUCAAAUUAAUCGUGUUGGAUCGUUUAGACGAAUUGCGUGAAAAACAUGAAAAUGUUUUGGACGAUUUGGUGUUGGAUAUUUUACGUGUGCUUUCGAGCCCAGAUAUUGAAGUUCGACGAAAAGCUUUACGUAUUGGUCUGGAAUUAGUCUCGACUCGAAAUGUUCAGGAAGUUGUGGUAUUUCUGAAAAAGGAGCUCGCGAAAACUAUUGAUCAGGAUUUUGAAAAAAACACCGAGUACAGACAACUCCUUAUCCAAUCGAUUCAUUCAUGUGCAAUCAAAUUCUCUGAAGUUGCUGCGAAUGUUGUGCAUGUGCUUAUGGAAUUUCUUGGGGACUCGAAUAAUCCGGCUGCCGUUGAUGUUAUUGCUUUUGUGCGUGAAGUUGUGGAGAAAUUUCCUAAUCUACGAUCUUCCAUCAUUGAGAGAUUAUUGGAAACGUUUAUGGACGUCAAAUCCGGUAAAGUGUUUAGGGGCGCUUUAUGGAUUGUUGGAGAGUAUUGUGCAAGUGUUCAAGAUAUUGAAGAUGCUUGGAAACAGAUUCGAGCUGGAGUUGGUGAAAUACCUAUACUGGCUUCGGAACAGCGACUGUUCGAAGAAGCUUCCAAGGAAGAUGGCAAUGAAGAAAUUAAUACUGACAGCAAACACGCAAUAGCAUCAACCUCUCGUCGAAUUCUCGCUGACGGGACAUAUGCUACUGAAACUGCUUUUACUAAUAGCUCGUCAGCUCUUGCGAAACUUGAGGCUGUUAAAGCUGCGGCGAAGCCACCGUUAAGAGGUGCGUUACUGCUCAACGGCGAUUUUUAUAUGGGCUCCGUACUGGCGUCUACUCUGACAAAAUUGAUCAUGCGUUUCGCAGAAAAGUCUGAUGACCAUAAACGAGUGAAUUCGUUACGCGCGGAGGCUAUGUUAAUAAUGGCCAGUAUAAUACGCGUCGGCCGAUCUCAAUUUGCCACAACUCCUAUUGAUGAAGAUUCUUACGAUCGUAUAAUGUCCUGUCUACAUGUUUUAGAAAAUUUUUCGAAAGACACAGCGAUAAAGUCUGUGUUUUUGCAUGAUACUAAAGCGUCAUUUGCGCGUAUAAUCGAAGCUGAAGAGAAACGUACUGCGGCAAAAAAAGCAAAGGAUAAAUCAGCCCAAGCUGUGCAAGUUGAUGAUCUUAUAUCUUUUCGGCAGUUCUCCAAGAGAAAUUUAGGAGACGAUAAUGAUGAGUAUGAACUCGAUUUGACACGUGCUACAGGACAAAAUGACUCACGCGAUGACUUAAUAUCUAAACUUAGUCGUGUUGUACAAUUGACUGGUUUCUCCGAUCCGGUAUACGCUGAAGCGUAUGCGAACGUUCACCAAUAUGAUAUUCUUUUAGAUGUCCUAAUAGUAAACCAAACAAACGAAACACUCCAAAACCUCUCAUUAGAAUUCGCGACAUUGGGUGAUCUUAAAUUGGUCGAACGACCCACUCAGCAUAAUUUAGCGCCGCACGCUUUUCACAGCGUGAAAGCUACAAUUAAGGUUUCGUCUACAGAAACUGGUGUUAUUUUCGGUAAUAUUGUGUACGAUGGACCUGGAACCUCGGAAAGCAAUUGUGUGGUGCUUAAUGAUAUACAUAUUGAUAUAAUGGAUUAUAUUAAUCCUGCUUACUGCAACGAGACUCAGUUCCGUAGCAUGUGGACUGAAUUCGAAUGGGAAAACAAAGUCAACGUCAACACCAACAUCACCGAUCUAAGCGAAUACCUUCGCCACAUAAUGAAAUCCACAAACAUGAGCUGCUUAACCCCGGAAGCAGCUUUAUCUGGGGAUUGUGGCUUCCUCUCUGCUAAUAUGUAUGCUAGAAGUAUUUUCGGCGAGGACGCACUAGCAAAUCUCAGUAUUGAAAAACAGACGGAUAGCGCUAUUGCGGGACAUGUUCGUAUUAGAAGCAAGACUCAAGGAAUAGCGUUGAGUCUUGGUGAUAAGAUUACAUUGGGUAAGUAA